AGGAGGGAACAUGGCAGAGCUGUCAAGAAAAGCAGUGAACACGGAGAAUUGAGAGAGACAAUGAGUUAUCAAUGAAACCGUGUCUAUCUAUAGCUUCCCAUGCCAGCCCCAGCUGCUGCCCCUGCUAUUCCACCUGGGCCCCCACGCCUUCGGUUGGAUGACAAGGUAUUGUCUCUGGAAUUCCGCCUUCUCGAUGCCCAGUUUAAUGAGCCAGGCCGGUACCAGCUUGUCUUGCGUGUUGAAAACCCUCUACUAGACGACUCAGUGAAGGGAGUCACACUUAGCAUCAACCAUGGGGACAUAGUCCACAGUAACCAGGCUGAGUCUGACACUGCAGAGCAAACAGACCUGACAGAUACUAUCAACUUUGAAAAGGACACCUUCCUCUUCAUUUUGCCUCAAGGUCUCUGUAAGAAUGAUAAGCACCAUGAUGUCCGAUUAUGCAUUGAUGUUCUUAAGUUUGGAGGUAACUUCCCAAACAAGGGAAGAAAGGUGGGACAGGCUAUAUUUGCAAUAUACCCCCGAACCAACCAGCCCCGUAUUAACUUACGAGCUGGCCCUUUCCAGCCUCUAUACAAUUACCAGGGGAUCCUAGCACUUCUCCGAGUGGGAGGCAACCAGAUGGCUAUGCAUUGCGGCCGUUUGGCAUACAACGUCUGCUUCAAAGAAUAUCAGCCACCUACACCUGAGGAAAUCUCCAAACACGUCUCACCUAGACCAGGCAAUGCAAGAAGUGGAACUUCCCUGGAGACCACCCCUAGACAUGACCCUCAUCAUCUAAGCACACCUAAACCAGCCUCCCCCGCACCUCCUACUUUCAGAACCCCAAUUCCCCAAUCUAGCACCCCCAGAUCAGUUUCCUACCAAGGUGAAUCUUCCAAAAUAGAUACUUUGCAUGCCAGCUACCCUUCGAGAACACAUCAAGUGUCAGAUGCCCAAGAUCUUCAGACCACCCUUGAAGAAGAGGACAGACUAUCUCCUGAUACAGACUCACUACAAGACCAGCAUGACCUCACUGACCGCUCAGAUGAGUCUCCUGCUCCGGUGCUUCCUGUCUCCAGCAGAUUACCAGAUGAUGUUCCACUGCUACUGCCUUCACCUCCAAAGACACCAAGUCCCAUCAAAAAGUCUCAUGUUACAGACAAGCCGCCAGCACAGAGUGACCCUGUUUAUGGAUCAGAUGGAGAGUCUAGCUUCUUGCCCUCACCUGGAACAGAGAAAAUUAUUGUUACCCUCCACUCAGCCACUCACCUCCCCACAACUACGGCAGGCUCAGCUCCAUCUCCUUUUGUCACUUUGUGA